UAGAGUUCUGGCAUUUAAAGGUGAUUCUAGAGUUUAACCCUUAAACUCUAGAUUCACUGUGACCCUGAUUAGGAUAAAAGGCUUCCUGAAAAUGAAUGAAUGAAUGAUGUGGCGAUGAGAAUGUGAGGGUCAGUCCCUGUGUGCAGUCCGAUCACUGAUUACAGUACUGUAAACACAGGAUUUUAUUUUGACCUAAAAGUAACAAAAAGUGAAAAUGAUUGUGAUGUUUAACAGCACAUUUGUUUUUGUGUUUUCAAGGCGUAUAAUCCAUUCCAGCAGAAGAUAUCAGACUCUUCAGGACUCAGCUGUGUGUUUGUGCAAACUUUACUAAUUUUCAAAGAUGGAGACCCUUGAACUGGACACUGUUUAUGUGUCCCCUCCCUCUAAAAACAGUAAACUCCAGGGAAAGAAAUCAGACUCACCAGCACCUAGCUUUAUCUCCAUGAAGAGUGAUGCAUCUAUGGAUAGUCCUCUAAAGUUUGAAGGGGGAGCAUCCUCACUCCUACACAGUAAACUCCAGGGAAAGACAUCAGACUCACCAGCACCUAGCUUUAUCUCCAUGAAGAGUGAUGCAUCUAUGGAUAGUCCUCUAAAGUUUGAAGGGGGAGCAUCCUCACUUCUACACAGUGUUCUACAGAGAGCCAUAGGCAGCAUAGAAAAGAUCAUCAUCACAGAUACAGGGCAUGAUCCAGAAUCUGCUGCUGUAAAUGAAUUCCAGAAAGAGUUCAAAUUAAAUCUGAUGAAGAAGUUUCAGUGUUUGAAUGGAGUGGUAAUAAACCUCGGAAACCAAACACUCCUGAAUGAGAUCUACACAGAGCUCUACAUCACAGAGGGAGACAUUGGAGAAGUCUGUAAUGAACAUGAGGUGAGACAGAUCGAGGCAGCAUCCAGGAGAACAACAACAGAGGACACACCAAUAAAAUGCAAUGACAUCUUUAAGCCCUUAUCUGAACAAAACAAACCCAUCAGAACUGUGCUGACGAAGGGAGUCGCUGGCAUCGGAAAAACAGUCUCUGUGCAGAAGUUCAUUCUGGACUGGGCUGAAGGGAAAGAAAAUCAGGACGUCCACCUCAUAUUUCCACUUCCUUUCAGAGAGCUAAAUUUGAUGAAGGACCAGAACCUGAGUCUGAUGGAGCUCCUUCAUGUCUGUUUUAAGGAAACAAAAGAAACAGAAAUGUCCAGUUUGGAAAAGGUUCUAUUCAUUUUCGAUGGAUUGGAUGAGUGUCGUUUUUCUCUAGAUUUCCAGAACACAGUGAGAGUGUGUGAUGUAACUGAAUCAGUAUCAGUGCAUGUGCUGCUGAUAAACCUGAUCAAAGGGAAUCUUCUUCCCUCUGCUCUCAUCUGGAUCACCUCCCGACCAGCAGCAGCUGAUCAAAUCCCCUCUGAGUGUGUCCAUCGAGUCACAGAGGUACGAGGGUUCAAUGACCCACAGAAGGAGGAGUACUUUAGGAAGAGAAUCAGUGAUCAGAGCCUGGCCAGUGACAUCAUCACACACCUGAAGUCAUUAAGAAGCCUCUACAUCAUGUGCCACAUCCCAGUCUUCUGCUGGAUUUCAGCCACUGUUCUAGAGAGAAUGUUGGGUGAAGCAGAGAGUGGAGAGAUCCCCAAGACUCUGACUGAAAUGUACACACACUUCCUCAUCAUUCAGACAAACAUCAUAAGAGGAAAGUACUCAAAGAAGCAGGAGAGUGAUGAUGAAAUGCUUCUUAAACUGGGACAACUGGCUUUUGAGCAGCUGAAAAAAGGAAACCUGAUCUUCUAUGAGGAAGACCUGAGAGAGUGUGGAAUUGAUGUGAGAGAAGCAGCAGUGUACUCAGGUUUGUGUACGCAAAUCUUCAGAGAGGAGUUUGGGCUUCACUCAAGUAAAGUAUACUCUUUUGUUCAUCUGAGCAUUCAGGAGCACCUUGCAGCUCUCUUUGUGCACCUGACAUUUAGGAUGGAAAAGAGAAAUGUUUUUAAAAAGAGUCAGUUGCCAGUAUGGUUCAUGAAAGAAAAGAUCAUAUCAGAUGUACACAAGAGUGCUGUAGAUCUGGCUUUAAAUAGUCAGACUGGACAUCUGGACCUUUUCCUCCGCUUUCUUCUGGGUCUCUCACUGGAGUCCAAUAAGAAACUCUUGCAUGCCUUAGUAGCACAGACAACAAGUACCUCCCAGAGCAUAAAUUGUACAGUUCAAUACAUUAAGGAGAAGAUCAGUGCAGAUCUUCCUAUAGAGAAAUCCAUUAAUCUGUUCCAUUGUCUGAAUGAACUGGGUGAUAAUUCUCUAGUGGAGGAAAUCCAACGCUACCUUAAAUCUGGAAAACAAAGUGAACUCUUUUCUACACAAUGGUCUGCUCUGGUGUUUGUGUUACUGACAUCAGCACAGGAGCUGGAAGAAUUUGACCUGAGUAAAUAUUUCAGUACAGAUAAGAUAACAGAAGAUGUACUUCUGAAGAUGAUGCCUGUGAUUGCAGCCUCCAGAAAAGCAAUUAUCAGGUGUGAUUCACUUGGAGUGAAAAGUUGGUCAGCUCUGGUCUCAGCUCUCAGCUCAGAAACCAUCAAUCUGAGAGAACUGCAUAUGAUUGUGAAAACACUGGAUCUGUCCAAUAAUAAAAUAGGAGAUUCAGGAGUGAAGAGUCUCUGUGCUGUACUGGAGAAUCCUCACUGUAAAGUGGAGACACUGAGGUUGUCUAAUUGUGGUGUCUCAAUUGAAGGCUGGGCUGCUUUGACUUCAGCUCUGAGAUCAAACCCCUCACACCUGAGAGAACUGAAUCUGUCGUGUAACAAUGUCAGAGACUCAGGAGUGAAGAGUCUCUCUGCUGUACUGGAGAAUCCUUAUUGUAAACUGGAGACACUAAGGUUGUGGAAAUGUGGUGUCUCAGAUGAAGGCUGUGCUGCUCUGACUUCAGCACUGAGAUCAAACCCCUCACACCUGAGAGACCUGGAUCUGUCCUAUAACAGUGUAGGAGAGUCAGGAGCGAAAAGUCUCUCUGCUGUACUGGAGAAUCCUCAAUGUAAACUGGAGAAACUGAGGCUGUGUGAUUGUUGUCUCUCAGAUGAAGGCUGUGCUGCUCUGACUUCAGAUCUGAGAUCAAACCCCUCACACCUGAGAGAACUGAGUCUGUCUGAAAAUAAUGUAGGAGUCUCAGGAGUGAAGAUUCUCUCUGCUGUACUGGAGAAUCCUCUCUGUAAACUGGAGAUACUGAGGUUGUGGAAAUGUGGUGUGUCAGAUGAAGGCUGUGCUACUCUGACUUCAGCUCUGAGAUCAAACCCCUCACACCUGAGAGAACUGGAUCUGUCCUAUAAUAAUAUAGGAGAUCCAGGAGUGAAGAAUCUCUCUGCUGUGCUGGAGAAUCCUCACUGUAAAGUGGAGACACUAUGGUUGUGGAAAUGUGGUGUCUCAGAUGAAGGCUGUGCUGCUCUGACUUCAGCUCUGAGAUCAAACCCCUCACACCUGAGAGAACUGCAUCUGUCUUAUAAUAAUGUAGGAGACUCAGGAGUGAAGUGUCUUUCUUCUGUACUGGAGAUUCCUCACUGUAAACUAGAAAUACUGUGGUUGUGUAAGUGUGGAGUCUCAGAUGAAGGCUGUGCUGAUCUGACUUCAGCUCUGAGAUCAAACCCCUCAUACCUGAAAGAACUGCAUCUGUCCUCUAAUAAAGUAGGAGACUCAGGAGUGAAGAGUCUCUCUGCUGUAAUGGAGGAUUCUCACUGUAAACUGGAGAUACUGAGCUGUGACUCACUUGGAGUGAAAAGUUGGUCAGCUCUGGUCUCAGUGCUCAGCUCAGAAACCCCCAAUCUGAGAGAACUGCAUCUGAAUGUGAAAACACUGAAUCUGUCCUAUACUAAGCUAAGAGAUGCAGAAGUGAAGAGUCUCUGUGUUGGACUGAAGAAUCCUCACUGUAAAGUGGAGAUAUUGAGGUUGCAUAAGUGUGGUGUCUCAAGUAAAGGCUGUGCUGAUCUGACUUCAGCUCUGAGAUCAAACCCCUCACACCUGAGAGAACUGGAUCUGUCCUCUAAUAAAAUCAGUAACUCAGGAGUGAAGAGUCUCUCUGCUGUACUGGAGAAUCCUCGCUGUAAACUGGAGAAACUGAGGUUGCAUAAGUGUGGAGUCUCAGAUGAAGGCUGUGCUGAUCUGAGUUCAGCUCUGAGAUCAAACCCCUCAUACCUGAGAGAACUGGAUCUGUCCUCUAAUAAAAUCAGUAACUCAGGAGUGAAGAGUCUCUCUGCUGUACUGGAGAGUCCUCACUGUAAACUGGAGAAACUGAGGUUGCAUAAGUGUGGAGUCUCAGAUGAAGGCUGUGCUGAUCUGAGUUCAGCUCUGAGAUCAAACCCCUCACAUCUGAAAGUACUGAAUCUGUCUGAGAAUGAAAUAGGAGACUCAGGAGUGAAGAGUCUCUCUGCUGUACUUGAGAAUCCUCACUGUAAACUGGAGAAACUGAGGUUGAAUAACUGUGAUAUCUCAGAUGAAGGCUGUGCUGCUCUGACUUCAGCUCUGAGCUCAAACCCCUCACACCUGAGAUACCUGGAUCUGUCCUAUAAUAAAAUAGGAGCCUCAGGAUUAAAUAGUCUUAUUGCUCUUAAGAAUGAUGAACAUUACAAUCUACAGACACUGCGUAUGUGGAUGCCAUAUGUGUGAUGAAGACUCCGGUGUUCCUGUAUUUCCCUGGUGAAGAAUAGAGAACACAUUAAUAAACGGAUCACUCAUUUAGUUAUAACACAUUAAACAGAUUCAGAGAUGUGAGAAGUGGGUGUUCAUCGUGUACAGUGAAUCAGACUGCACACAAUUCUACACUGAUCUCUGAACCAUGGACAAAAUUCCCCGGACCUCAAUCCCAGAAAAAAACCUGAGGGAUUAUUAGGAACAGCAGGUGAAAAAGGACCCGAACUGUAGUUGAACCCAGUCAGUGGAAGAGACAGCUAAAAUGGACAGGAAUCAUUUCAAGACAUUGGUGGAAUUCUCACCUGACAGGAUUGGCAUCUGAGUUAACUGACAUUUGUCAGUUGUGAAGUGUACCAGUGUUAUACUAAAUAUCAGCACUAUCGGAAGACUGCUUGUUUAAUCAAAUUAGUGGACCAGAACUAACUGUUGUAUAAUAUAGUUUAGAUGGUUUAUAUUUUUUUAUUAUUACAACAUUUUGUGUUUACCUACUUACAAUGUCUUCCCUAACUGUAUCACAUUUUACAUCUAAGUACAUUUUGAAUAAAUAUUGUAUGCAAAAAAACAAUGGCAUUAUUUUUGUUCAAUGAAAUUAACUUGAAUAUUUUACAAUAAUUUUCUAGCAACAAACUGGGAAUGAGCAUAUAUGAGCUGUGAGACAAAUUCAUUAUUGUACUCAUAUUCGUUCUUCUGUAUGAACAUGUCUGAAGUAAAUGUCUUUGUUAGACUCGUAACCCUAUAGGUCAGGACUUGUACAUGGUAAAUGGCGCACUUUUAUCCAAAGCGCUUUACACUGUGUCUCAUUCACCCAUUUACACACAGAUUCACACACCAUUGGUAGCAGAGCUGCCAUGCAAAUCGUUAACUUGCCAUGGGGAGCAACUUGGGGUUCAGUGUCUUGCCGAAGUGAUUAGUGGACAACCCACUCUACCAACUGAACCACAGCCGCCAUUGUACAUUGUACAUAAUGUUCUGAACAAAGAGUAUAACUUGUUUUUUUCUCAAAACUGGGUUUAGCUUCCUUUUAUCAAGACACACAUCUGCAUGCUUGUGUUCGCACACACAAAUAUCCAGAUAUCCAUUGUAUAUAUGGAGCUGUGAGAAAAACACAGAGUGCUCUUUUAUUUUUCUUUCUUCUCAUGCUGUUGAUAUGCUUCAGCGCUUUUUUUCUUUUCCUCUCUUCUCAUGUUGUUAAUGUUCUUCAAUAAAAGACACUGUUUGCUUUCUUAA